UAACCGCUUUAAAACAACCGCAUACACACAAUCGAUAUACACCUUUGUUUUGAUUUGGUCGCCCUAUUUCUUUUGCCAAAAUUGUGACUUACACCGAGGGAAAUAAACUCUUAUAUCACAUCACAUAUUGUUAUACGUUUAGAAUAUAGUUUAAACUUAUGAUUACGUUAUAUGUUAAUUAGUAUGAUUGAUGUUUGUUUCAGUAGGCCGUUUUAGGUUAUGUUUAGUGCGUGGGGGAGCCGCGCGCGGCGCUUUCGGCGACCGGCGAUGGGCGACUGAGCGCGUCGCGGGGCGCCCUGCCGAUGCCGCGGCCCGGGUCUUGAGACUAUUCCGUGCCGUGUCGUUACCUUGCCCAAAACUUUCUUCAAUAUUAGUAAAUAAUUUUGGGGUUUUAUGUCGUCGAGACAGCAAUAUUACUUCCAAUAAAUCAUAAAACUACACUUAUUUAAUACAGGAACAUGUGUUAGUGCCGUCUUGCUCCUUUUAGGUUGUUAGACCCCGUUUGGUAUUUCUUGCUAAGAAAACUUGACUAACAAAAAAACGAAUAGAAAAUAGUGGGAACAAUGUGCGACGGCGUCCAUAUCACUCUACUACUUCACUUAUCUUCAAGCGUCGUUGCAAUCCAUUUAGAGCUUUAACGCCCGGUUUUCAGGCAGUUUUUGCUAGCACUUUACAAGAGAAAUAGUAGUUCAAAAUCUAAAAGCUAAUUUAAAGACAAAAAUAAAAUAGCUUAGCUAUCGUUAGAUUAUAGUAAAACUAACUCUGUGUAUCUAAAACAAGGGGCUGCUUUCCCUUUUUCCAAAAACUAGAUCUCGCACUUAGUCUACCAUAGUUCCAUGCACAACUUUACCCUGUCUUGUUAGAGAGUGAGGGAUUAGUCGCAAGCCGCAGCUGCUUCUAGUAAGAAAGAGCGAUAAACUAACUUCAAACGAGCUCUUGUUAAAUCCUAUUGUCUUCUCAUAUUGUAAGAUGUUUUUUCUUUGUUUACAAUAUUAAUUUUAUGCACUGUUUGUGUUUGGUAGAGUUCUACUGUCGUCGUUUUGGAGUCUUACACGUUUUGUGAAUAUCUGCCUCAAUAAACCAAUUUAAUUAAUCAUCGUAAUGUGUGUCAUAAAAUGCACAAACGAUUUCUAAUUCUUAUUUCCCUUGCUUUCAUUACAUACCGACUGAUUACGCGUAAUUAUUGCAUUAUUACGUCCAGUAAUAAUGCAAGCUAAAUGUCGUAGCAUAACACUCCUUAUUACAUGUAUCUUUGUAUACCUAAAUAUAGUACAUGUUGAAACUAAGCAUAGAUUGAAAAACAAGGAGUUCGGUCCAAAAAUUGUUGGUGGGAAAGAGGUGGAUUUGGAGCAGUACCCCUUUGCGGUGCAAUUCUUUAAUUUGGGGUCUCUUUGUGGCGGCGCCAUCUUAAACAGCUGGGCUGUGUUGACAUCAGCACACUGUUUUGAUGGUAAUAAGGACAUUGAUGAAAUGGUUGUACAAAUAGGUUCCAAAUACAUUUACGAUUUCAACGCAAAACGACAUGAGAUAAGAUCAUUUGCAACGCACGAAGAUUAUGACAAAGAAAUCCCAUUUGAGAAAGAUAUAGCGAUUUUAUUUCUGAAGAAACCAAUUAGGUUUGGAAAGCUGGCUAAGAAGGCGGUACUAGUCAAACAUAGCAAAUGGAUGGACGUUAGUCAAAAGAAUUUCAUCGUUACCGGUUGGGGUUUGACGAACUAUCACGGUUCAGUGUCAGAAUCGAGUCUAAUGAUGACACAUUUGACAUAUGUGCCGAUCGAGCAGUGUAGCAGACUACACGACCUGAAGCUUUCCGAGGACAUGUUCUGCCUGUACGGAUUUGGCAAACGUGACACCUGCAGGGGUGACUCUGGAGGUGGUGUGCUGUGGCGCGGUUCUUUAGUAGGAUUAACCUCUCAUGGCGAUGGUUGCGCAAAGGUGGAUAAACCGAGUGUGUACACAAAUCUCUGGUAUAUGAGAAAAUGGAUCAAGGCCAAAGUUUACCAGUUCAUUGAGGAGUUUUGUCAAGCAGAACAAUAUGAAAAAGAUCAUCUCCAAAAAGUAUUGUUGAAUGAUAGUGAUACAAAUUCCUUAUAGAGCACAAAGUAUCUUUAGGAGAACGAUGGCCUUCUUAUGAAAUCCUUAUGAUGUGAAAUAAAAAUAACACCCGCCUGAGAACAAAACUAACAAUAAAUAUAAAAAUGUUGUUUAUUAUUUUUAAUACACGUAAAACAUUUUAUGAAAGCCAAUAAUUACACUGUAUGUAGUAUGUCUUUUCACUUAUUCACACGGUUUCCUU